AUGGCAACCAUCCUGACCGACACCACAAAAUUCAGCAGAAUCACAAGAAACCCAACGAACGAUAUCAAGACAAAGUUGAACCGUAUCAUCCGCCAGACUAACAACAACAGCAGUACGAAGCUCCCCUUCAUCGAAGGCGACCACAGACUGGGUUACGCUUAUGGCAACGUCAAGACCCACAAGGAAGGCCACCCCCUACGUCCCAUUAUCAGCCAGACACCAUCAGUUACUUACAAACUCGCCAAGCACCUCAACGAACUCAUCACACCAUUCACACCAGCCUCCUUCAGUUUGAAGUCCACAACAGAGUUCCUCGAUCUCCUGAAGGCUACCCGUCCCUCCAACAUCAUGGCAUCCAUGGACGUUGAAUCACUCUUCACCAACGUACCGGUCGACGAAACCAUAGAUCUCAUCUGUCAACGCAUCUACCACUUAGAAGACGAGGAGCCACUCAGCAUUCCCGAAGCCUCGCUACGCCUCCUUCUACAAGCAUGUACUAAAGAAGUACCAUUUUACGGACCCGACGGCAAGGUGUACGUGCAGUGA